AUGAAGCAUUUUACAUCUGUCAUUCUCUUCUUAAUUGCCGCUUCUAUUGGAGUGACCGUUAAUGCUAUCGUAACGGGAACAUAUUUUGACCGAAUUGUUUUAGUCAUAUUUGAAAACACUGCAUAUAGUAAAGCGCCAAAUUACGUUGCCACAAUUUUUGGUUCAACCGCUGGUAUCACGGACGAUAACAAUCACAACAUUGCCGGUAACAAUGUAGUUGACCUUCUUGAAGCUAAAAAUAUCUCUUGGAAAGCUUAUAUGGAAAACUAUCCUGGCAACUGUUACACCGGUAGUUUUGCUCCUUCUGGCACAGAUUUAUACGCAAGGAAGCAUGAUCCUUUCAUUUCAAUGAAUGACAUAAGACAAAACUCCGCUCGUUGUGCAAAAUUAGUUCCUUCUACCCAACUUGAUACUGACAUAAGUGCUAAUGCUGUACCACAAUUUGUCUAUUUUGUACCAAAUCAACAAGAUGAUGCUCAUGACACUAAUUUAACAUUUGCGAUGACUUGGUUCCAAAAUUGGCUUGAACCAAAGCUUACUCAACCUGCAUUUACAACAAAUACUUUAAUCUUUAUCGUUUUUGACGAAGAUGAUGGUAGUGAAGGCAAUCACGUUUUCGCCGGUCUUCUCGGUACUCCUGUUCAUCCUCCUGCCAAUCAUACUGAUGGUGGUGCUUACAAUCAUUAUUCGUACUUGGCUACCGUAGAGAAAAAUUGGAAUUUGGGAAAUUUGGGUAGAAAUGAUGUCGGUGCAACUACCUUUACUACAUAUUUGCAACAUCCUUAA